AUGGGUGACAUUCGUAGUAGCGAUGAUCCGACGAAAAGCGUUACCGAAUUAGCCGUUCCACAUAUUAUCAACGAUGAUGUUAACAAUCAAAAGCUAUCAAAAACAUUGAAAACGGAUGCAAAAUCAUUUGAAAACAAAGAAAUGCAAACAACACGUCAAGGGGACGAAGGCCGUCGUCGUAGCGGCGUCUUUUACGCUGGUCGCGGACGACGUGGCUCAAUCAAUUGCGGGUCUCGUUCAACCACAUACAUAUCUCGUGGUUAUUGGUGUCCUCAUUCGGCGAGUGGUUACAAUAGUAACAAUUCAAGACGAUCAAUUCCCGGUACAAAAAAUAAUCGAACAGUCAAAACUGCACGAACAACUGGAAGCGCAACUGUCAUCGAUAAUGUUGAAAAUGAAAAUCAACGUUCUGCUACCACUGAAUCUUCGAAAAGCACUAAUUCACAUGCAAAUUCAUCCAGUUAUCGAUCACAAGUAACGCGAACAUUUCGUAAUGGAGCAUUACGUGCAAAUCGGGCGCGGCGUAGUAACGUAAUAAAACGUUCGCAAAGUGAAACGGUUGCUUCUGAAUUCACUUCCCAAACUGCAACAGCAGAAGAUACCAUCAGGAGUGAAAACGUAUUACACGGAAGUAGUAGUGGUGGUAGUGGUAAUGAUGGUAAUGAUGGUUGUGGUGGUGAUAAUGGUGGUGGUGAUAGCGAUGGUGCUAAUGGCGACACUUACUAUUCUGCUAGCAAUAUUUUUUCUAGUGAUAAAUGUAGCAAUUUACCAAUCAUUUAUGUUGCACCAACUGGAACAAUUUCAAUUUUGCUCAAUAAAGGUGUUACUGUUGAGGUAGCAGUUGAUCGAGCUAUUCGAAUUCUUUGCCACGAUAAAUUUUCGGCAGUAUGUAAUAGUCGUGGUACCGGUUCAUGCAUAUUACAUAAAAAAGCUCGCAUUUUCCAGCAAGAUGAAAAUGUUUUCUGCAAUUUUGGAACGACUU